GUAUAAGUCACGUGAUUUCCGGUUUAGAUUGUAAACAUGGAGGAACUGAGUAAGCAGUGAGGAUUGUGGUGUGAAUCGAGCUCAUUACUUGACCUAUUUAGCUUCGAUAUAUAAACAAACAUCUUGCCAAAAUGCCAAUACAAGAGACAGAGGAUCAUGAUGCAGUGCGGAUGAAGGUGGGGUACAAUGGGGACAUACUCAUAACAAGCAUAGGUCCAGAAAUAUCCUAUGAAGAUUUCUGCUCUGAGAUAAAGGACAUUUGUAAAUUUGAUGAUCAACAGCUUUUCACGGUCAAGUGGCUUGAUGAGGAAGGUGACCCCUGCACGAUAUCGUCCCAGACAGAGCUGAACGAGGCCAUUCGUCUGUAUGAUCUGAACAAAGACUCCGAACUGGCUCUCCAUGUUUUUCCAAAUGUGCCAGAGCGUCCUGGAAUGCCUUGUCGAGGAGAAGAUCGUAACAUGUACAGAAAAGGUGCAAGAAGAUGGAGAAAGUUGUACAGGAUCAAUGGACACCUCUUUCAAGCCAAACGUUUCUCAAAGAAAGCUUUCUGCUCCUUCUGCUCAGACAGAAUCUGGGGUCUCGGUCGACAGGGAUUCAAGUGUAUUCAGUGUAAAAUUGCUGUCCACAAGAGGUGUCACAAAUUCCUGAAAGUGGUCUGUGGAGCCCCAGUCAUUACUGGAGCUAAGCCAGAGCCUAGAGAUGAUGUCAAACAAUCAAUACCAGAUCUGAGGGACAUGUCCUUAAAGGAAUCCAAUGGACACCCAAAAUUUUCAGAGAAUGGAACCUCAAUAGAAAUAGGAGGAAAAGAGUUGACUGAGGAAAGUGAAGUUGACACUGAGGCCCAACCAGCAGUUCAGACAUCCAAUGGAACAGACUCUCAACAGGUGACAUUGGAUCAGUUUGAACUGCUCCGGGUCAUAGGUCGUGGGAGCUACGCCAAAGUCCUGAUGGUGGAACAGAAACGUACCAAACGAGUCUACGCAAUGAAGGUCAUCAAAAAGGAGCUUGUAAAUGAGGAUGAGGAUAUAGACUGGGUGCAGACAGAGAAGCACGUGUUUGAGACAGCCACCAACUACCCCUUCCUUGUGGGGCUUCAUUCUUGUUUCCAGACCCCCAGCAGACUGUUCUUUGUGAUCGAGUUUGUGAGUGGAGGAGACUUGAUGUUUCACAUGCAGAGACAGAGGAAGUUACAUGAGGAGCAUGCUCGCUUCUACUCGGCCGAAAUCUGCCUGGCUCUCAAUUUCCUCCAUGAAAGAGGCAUUGUGUACAGAGAUCUGAAACUGGACAAUGUGCUACUGGACCACGAAGGUCACAUCAAACUGACUGACUACGGCAUGUGUAAGGAAGGGCUAUGGAGUGGAGACAAAACCAAUACGUUUUGUGGAACUCCCAAUUAUAUCGCCCCCGAGGUUCUCCGUGGAGAGGACUAUGAUUUCAGCGUGGACUGGUGGGCACUAGGGGUGCUCAUGUUUGAGAUGCUGGCAGGUCGGUCACCAUUCGAUGUGGUCGGUGGAGCAGAAAAUCCAGACCAAAACUCAGAGGACUACUUAUUCCAAAUCAUCUUGGAGAAAACUAUUAGAAUACCCCGGUCGCUUUCAGUGAAGGCUGCUUCCAUCCUGAAAGGAUUCCUCAACAAGAAUCCUUCAGAGAGACUUGGAUGCCAUCACGACUCUGGGUUUAAUGACAUUCAAUCUCACCCCUUCUUCCGCGCCAUUCAGUGGGAUGUGCUGGAACAGAAGUUGGUGACCCCGCCAUAUAAACCCAGCCUCAAGUCAGAUCGUGACCUUGAGCAUUUUGACCCUGCUUUCACUGAUGAACCAGUACAGCUGACCCCUGAUGACCCGAAAGUGAUUGACAAAAUCGAGCAGUCUGAGUUUGAUGGCUUUGAAUACGUCAAUCCUCUGCUGAUGUCGAUGGAGGAUUGUGUAUAGUCUGAUCCUUAGUCACACCUAUACAAACAAUAAACUGACACUUAGUCACCCAUAGUCACACCCACACAAACAACAAACCAACACUUUAGUGGCACAAACCUAACGGACAGGAGCUGUGUACCGGAGCCAGGAGAACCAGACAAUCGCAUACUUGUACCUCAAACUGUUGGUGAAUGGUAUUAGUAAAUGACCAAAGAAGUGAGGUCGUUGGAGAUUUUUUUUUACCUUUAACUGUGUGCACAGGAUGCUAUUCAAUUUGUGAUACAUGUACUGUUAAUGGCGACAUUUUUUGAACAUUUUCAAAAUUUAACUCAAAGAACUGUCUGUACAAUGUACUAAUAUUAACUUUAUUGUACAGUUAUGGAGAAACUUUUGUGAUUUUUUUUUUGGGGGGGGGGGGGGUGUUCUGGUCGGAAGGGGGCAUUUUUUUUUUGCAUUAUUGUGUUCUACAUGUAUAUGUUAUUUAAGGGGCAAACAAAUACGUGUGUAUAUUAUAUUUAAGUUUUUGUGAUUCUGUCUUAGUCCAUAAGAACUGUCAAGUAUUUUGUGACUGUAUUUAGCUAUGUCUUUGAGAGGCAUCGGUAUUAAGCUAUGUCUUGUGACUCUUGUCUUUGAGAGGCAUUGUUGUACAACGAAGAGAAGUUUACCAGUUAUUUGUACAUUAACUAGCUUGAAAAACAUGGUUUUUGUGGGGUAGUUUUAUUAUUUUGCAUUUUUUUUCCUUAGAAGAACAUUGGAGAAUUGGUUGGAAUAUUCCAAGUGACCAAAAACAUAUCAUGAUGGGAAGAAAGAUUGUGAAAAAAAAUAGAUAGAAAAGAUCUGAUUUUCAAAACAAGUUUAUAGAACAUCAUGUUUAGCCUAGGUCAUUUCAUGUACUUCUUCCUCUGUCACACGAUGUCAUUCCUUUUGUGCUGAGAUUGCCUGAAACUUGUGAUGUGGAGUCUUUUUUGUUUUUAUGUGUGGAAAUAGCCCAAAGUGCAAUGGAUUCAUUUCUUGUCAGUCAGCAGUGCUGGAUUUUUUGUUACGUUAACAUGUAUUGUUAUUUUGUGCUCUCUUGACACCUGUUGAAUAAUGGUAUCUAUUUGUACUACACACUAAGAAGAGAAAAAUGAUUUGUGAAGUAAAAAAAAAUAUAUAUAUAAUAACGCAACAUUUACUUAUCAUGUAUUGUUAUAACAAAUGUAUCUUUUUUUGUCAAAUAUGUCUGAAUAAUGUUCAUAUAUCUUGAUUGGGUAUUGAUGAUUAAUCAAAUUAUUUUAGAAAGUAAAAAAAAAAUUAAUAAUCUAUACACUCAUAUUGAAUACAGCAACUGUCUUCCAUAAAACAAAACCUGUUAUUUCUUUCUUUACCAUAUUGAUUUGGAGAUCAAUUUGUAUUGUGACUUUCAAUUGUACAACAUUCUGUUGAAUGCGGACUUCAUCAUCUGUAUAUUUGAAUUUUUGCGAUUUUCAUCUUUUUUUCUUAUGAAACUUAUUAAAAUGAUCAAAUAUUUUUUUACUGAGUAGAAAGUAGAGAGCACAGUGAUGCUAAUUACUUCUAGAAGGUGACAUUUUCUUUCUUUAGAUUGCAAUUUCAGAAGUUUCCUUAGAAGAGAGUUUUUCUACCCACAACUUUGUGUUUUGAUUUUUUUUUUAAGGCCAGUUUUGCUGAAGUGCAAAUUGGACUAUCAGAAGCAUUCCAGAUUAUUUUAAAAUUAUUUUGAAUUUUUUUUUCUAUUUUGCAUAAUUUAUCAUUGGUUGUGAUAUUUCAAAUUAAGAUGUAUGGUGUACAAUAAAUACAAUUUGCAUGUA